AUUAAUUGUGUAAACCUAUCCGCUGCACUAGUUUAAAUAGAACUCCCACUAGGCCGCUCAUCACCAAUCGUUCGUUCGUUCGCUCACUGGCUUCCUAACUGCCUCAUCUGCUCAAUCCCACCACCUCUUGUCAACUUAAUCAGGGAUAUAGCUAGAUAGAUGUGUAUAUAUAUCGUAGUUUAGUGAUCAUCCACCACAAUCACCAUUUUGGAUAUCACUACAAGUAUGUCGACGACGACAGCCGAGAAACAUAUUUUUUUUAGCAAAGUCGUACAAAGAGAAUCAAUUGAACCACCAGGUAUGGAAACCUAUCUUCCGAUCGUGUUUUAUCUCAUGAAGCAGACCCUCUGUUGGUAUGAUCACCCGACGGAGUUUACUUGCGAAACCUCCCCAGCUGGACAAAGAGGUUUUGCGAUUGAUUUCUCCAGCAGAGAAGACCAGAUUGAUACUUUCGCCAAUGUCAUUUCGGGAAUGGGUGUCCCACGACAGGAGCAACCAACUAUCCUUAAAAAAAUAUCUGACAUGUUUCAAGUGGCUGUUCCCUGGAAGUGUGUUCUUGUGUUAAUUGCUGACGUGACUGUGCAAUUACUGGGUAGUUAUGGUGAUCUUGGUGCCAUUGAUAAUCUUAUAAGGUCAUCCCCCAAUGUUGAGUUCCGCUUAAAAUAUAGGGGGUUUACUGGUACAUGGCGCUGGGAAACACAUACAAUUUGUGAUGUUGACUAUCAUGAUACCACCACCACUGAUGAGCUUUUAUUGGAAAUUGAUAGGCUUACAUUGGAGUCCUUUGAAACUCAGUGGGUCAGGUUUGUUCCGGCAACUAGAUCAUCAGUUAAGAGUUUGCAGAAAGUGAGACUUGAUAGUUUGGAUGAAGCUACUAUUAAACUGAACCCAUCAUGUAGCAUCUGUAAGGAUGACUUUGCCGAAGGCGGUGUGGAUCAACUGGUUAUUCCUUUGCCUUGUGCACACCAUUAUCAUGUAGAUUGCAUUAUUCGGUGGCUGGAGAUGGGUCACGUGUGCCCCUUGUGUCGAUAUGCCUUGCCAACUGUGGAAGAUGGCGAGCCUUCGAAUUCUUAACGGGGGGCCAGAAAAAUGUAUUUGUCAGCUGAUCAGAUACAAAGCUAAUGUUGAACAAAAUUGUUCAUUGUGUAAUAAUUGUAUGACUUCCUUGUAUCAUGUUAUGUUGUUGAUGAAUGUUUAGAUCCCGAGUGUCCUGGCUCUGAUCUGUAUUUUGUAUUUCUCAAAUUGAAUGCAAUUCAUAUGAAUUUCAAGUGGAAACCCAAAAUUUACCUUCA